ACAACACUUGGGGAGGUGGGUUUUUACUUAACAAUGUCGGCCUGCGAAUUCGAAAUUCAAGGGGAUGCAUCCAACGAGGACUGAGACUUCAAGUCCCAAGUUGAACAAGGACCAGCAACCAUCGGAAGAAAAGGAGCUCGUGCGCCAAAAACUCGCCGACUUUCAGUGAUCGACUUCUUCAGUGAAAUAUAUCAACUACCGGCGAUAAAUAUAUGCUACGUCGCCAGACAAGAUUCCCAAUCCCAGCACCAUGGCGGUAUUUGGUUUCUUGGGAGGAAUUAUUGGCCUUUUCACCCAGUGGAUUUACACAUUCUUUUCAUUGUUCCAAAGCAAGUCCCCAAAGGCAACUUGGCGAAGAAAUCUUCGAAAUGCUCAAAGCUACAGGGAAUGGCACAUUGCUGCGGACCAGCUUGACGCCAUCUACGGUUUCGACAAAUGGCGGAAUGAGGUGAAAUCAAAACUCUACGGCUUUGAUGCGGUCCUAGACCACCUCAGGGAGUUGCAGAGGGCGACGGGAGAUCACACCUUGCACCACACCCUUCCAAACUUGAUCAGAUCAGCCUUGACACGCAACAUGGGCAACAUCACCUCGACAAAGCUUUAUCACCGUGCCUUCGGUGGCACCAAGCACCUAAUAGAGCAAUAUGUCGUCCAAUUCGGGAUCUCUAUCAACAAGGUUCUGCUGCCCGAUUCAAGUUCUGGGAUCGAAGAGGAAGAUUCAACACAGGGAGGCACGGGAGGACACCACGGAGCUCCCAUGGAACUUGCUGUUACCCCCAUCACCUCCCGGCGCGUGCAAGGUCUGUGGACUUUACACGACAAGAAGACGGCUGCAGCCGACUUCCAACGGUCCUUUGGGAACACUUGCUUGAUCCUCCAAGGUGGUUCCAUUUUUGGCAUGUGCCAUCUAGGCGUCGUCAAGGCGCUGCACGAAGAGGGACUCCUUCCCCGCUGCAUUACUGGCACAGCCACGGGAGCGCUCAUUGCGGCUUUGGUCGCUACGCAUACCGACGAGGAGCUCCCCAGGGUGUUUUCCGGCGAGCUGGUUGAUCUCAGCGCAUUCGAGACUCAUGCCCGAAAGACAAGCUCCGGUUCUAGGUGGUCAACCCUGUUCCGGCGCGUCCACCGAUUCAUAACAAAGGGAUACGUUCUCGACUUGACCGUUCUCGAGCAGCUCGUGCGGGAUAACGUGGGUGAAAUGACCUUCCAAGAGGCUUUCGAGCGUACUGGCAGGGCUCUCAACAUUACGGUCGUCUCUUCGGGCCAGGGGGGAGUUCCUACGGUCCUCAACUAUCUCAGUACACCCAAUGUGCUCAUCUGGACAGCAGCGGCAGCCUCUAAUGCAGACUUGCCCUCGCUCUACGGUCGUACAACGCAGCUACUGCGUAAGGGGUAUGAUGGGAGGAUUCAAGCAUGGGGACCCCCUAGAACCUUUAGGCACUUUUCCCAAGCGCAAUAUACAGAGCAAAACUCACCAAUCCGUAAAAUUGGCUCGCAAUUCAACGUCAACCAUUACAUAGUAAGCCAGGCACGGGCGUACAUGCUGCCCUUCCUCAGGCCCGACAUGCACGGCCCCGUGUCCAGCUUCAGCUGGUACCUCAACGACAUGGCAUGGUACGCCGGCCUCGAGGUCCGACACAGGCUGCGCCAGCUCGACAGGUUCAAGCUGAUCCCGGGCCGCAUACGGCGUCUUGUGAUCGACGACGUCGUUCCCAGCGGCAGAGGUCUGACCGUCGUGCCCGACGUCAAGCUGGCCGACUUUGCACGCCUCCUCGAGGUCCCCACGCAGCAGUCGCUGGCGCACUGGAUCAGGGUUGGUGAGAAGAGCGUAUGGCCGGCGUUGGCGGCGCUCAGGGUGCGCUGCCACGUUGAGCUGGUCAUACAAAACGCACAGGAUGUUCUCGACGCGACUAACGAGGCCGAGUACGCGGAUCUGGGUGUGCCAAAUACUGAAGGUAACGGCAGGGCUAACGCAUGACCUGGCUUAGGCGCUGGGUGCUGGCAUCUGGGAUAUGUCUCGUCCCAGCCUUUGUAGGUGGGCUCUUGGGGAGAAACCAAGUUGAUGUACAUAGAACUUGUGCCAGCUUGACGGUCUUACCCACUAACAUGCUUUCUAGUCUUUCAUUGCAUUCUCAGUCUUUGAUGUGGAGGGUUUAUUUGCCCUGAAGAGAGCGGUAACUGCAAAGGCAACAUCAUUGAGACAGUACUUAAACGGGAGUGAGGGGUUUCCCAUUGCAAGCUAGCCCAUGACGGAUUCAUAGUCUCAACCUUCAACAGGAAUUCAGGCUUGUUAUAAUUGUCAUAUAGGCUUUUCCCCGUACAGGUUUCGGGGGCUUCGGGUACCAACAUAUCACAAAACCCGAC